UCACAGGGCAUUACUCCAAACAUCAGCAACCCUCCCACCCCCGAUUGUAGUUAAUUUUGACAUUACUUGCAAGCAGACACAGCAAACACAAUGGCAGAUGAGAGCUUUAAGAACGAGUUUCUUGACACCCACAACGCAUACAGGGCACAGCACAGUGCACCACCCCUGACCUAUAACAGUGAGCUGAAUGAUGCGGCUCAAAAAUGGGCCGAGGAGAUGCUGGAAAAAAAGACUUUGGGCCACAGUCACACUGAAGAUGGAGAGAAUGUCUUCUAUUCAUUCAGCUCUGUAGCCAAGAAACUAACAGGGAAAGAAGCUGUGAAUAGCUGGUACAGUGAGAUCAAGGAUUAUGACUUCAGCAAGCCUGGACAUCAAGGCAAAACUGGUCAUUUUACUCAGGUGGUGUGGAAAGCCUCCACUGAACUGGGUGUGGGCAUAGCCACUGAUGGCAAUACGGUGUUUGUGGUUGGGCAGUACCGCCCAGGUGGUAACAUAACCAAUGCAGGAUACUAUGAGAAAAAUGUUCUCCCAAAAGCAUGAAUACUUUCCAGCUGGCAGAGAGGCAGCUGCUGCACAGAAUGGACCUCAGUACCCAGAGAAAAAGACC